GCAGCGAGAGCGCGCCACCUUUCUUUUCCAUUGAACGUAGGAGCGCGCGCAAGCUGCGCAGAUUACGUUCAGAGGAGGAGUCGGAAGGAAGAAAGACAGAGAAAUAAACACGACGGAGGUUACCAGUACCUGAGUUAACCGUCUAUAGCGAGACGAAACAGGUUGUGGAUUUUAAACCAAGGCAAGGGAGGUGACGGAACACCAUUCAUGACCAAGAUGAGUCAGAAAUCGGAGCGCCGAGGGAUCCGCGUUGACCAAUCAGAGCUGCUGUGUACAAAAGGAUGCGGUUACUACGGCAACCCCGCCUGGCAAGGCUUCUGCUCCAAGUGCUGGCGUGAGGAGUACCAUCACGUCCGUCAGAAACAGAUCAAGGAGGACUGGGCGCUGGCAGAGAGGCUGCAGAGGGAGGAGGAGGCAGCCUAUGCCAGCAGUCAGGGAGCGCAGUCCCAGCCUUCCCUCACACCCUUCUCUAAAUUCGAGGAGAAGAAGAGCAACGAGAAAACCCGCAAGGUCACCACCGUCAAGAAAUUCUUCAGCCCCUCGUCCCGGAUCGGAUCCAAGAAAGCGGCCCCGGAGACAGCUGGGAAGUGUGUCCCGAGUGGGAGGGAACGCCAUGCCGACACCCUCCUCAGGGACUUGAGGGAGAUUUUUACCCCACCCUGGGACCUGGCUUCCCCUACUGAAGCCCUGGCUGCCAGACUGAGAGAGAGCCAUGAGACAAAGGCCCCCAGCCCGUCGAUCAGCAGACAGGCCAGCAUCGAGACGGACCAGGUCUCCCGGGACUUCAUCGACUUCCUGAAGAGCCUGCACAAGCCGGGCCGCGAGAUCCACAAGCAGUGCCGGGCCUUCAUCGAGACCAUGGCCACCAAGGAGGACCACCAGAGUGUGGAGGAGCUGUCCGAGUGUGUGCAGGACUUCUACCAGAAUAUGUCAGACAGGCUGCUGACACACUUCAAAGGCUCCUCCGAGCGGGUGGAGAGGGUGAUGGACCAGGUGGAGAAGUACAUCAUGACCCGCCUCUACAAGAACGUCUUCUGCCCUGAGAUCACGGACGAUGAGAAGAAAGAUCUGGCUGUGCAGAAACGCAUCAGGGCUCUGCACUGGGUCACUAUUCAGAUGCUGUGCGUCCCGGUCGAUGAAGAGAUCCCUGAAGUGUCUGACAUGGUGGUGAAGGCGAUCACAGAUAUAAUCGAGAUGGAUUCGAAGCGUGUCCCCAGGGACAAGCUGGCCUGCAUCACCAAGUGCAGCAAGGACAUCUUCAACGCCAUCAAGAUCACGAGGAAUGAGCCCGCCUCGGCUGACGACUUCCUGCCCACCCUCAUCUACAUCGUGCUGAAGGCCAACCCCCCGCGGCUGCAGUCCAACAUCCAGUACAUCACCCGCUUCUGCAACCCCAGCCGCCUCAUGACAGGAGAGGACGGUUACUACUUUACCAACCUGUGCUGUGCCGUGGCCUUCAUCGAGAAGCUGGACGCUCAGUCGCUGAACCUCAGCCCAGAGGAUUUCGAGCGCUACAUGACUGGCCAGGCGUCUCCGCGCAGGCAGGACCCCGAGGGCCUGAGCCAGGUGUACCAGAGCCUGGAGCUGCUGAGCGGGCUGGGGGAGCGUCAGGAGAUGGUGCUGGAUGGGGCACGGAGGCUGGAGAGCGACCUCAUCGACUGGCAGGACGGCGUGGCCCGGGAGGUGCAGGACAUCCUGGACAAAUACCCCUUGGAGAUCCGGCCGCCCGCCUCCGCCAUCGACUCCGAUAACGUGGAGAACGACCGCCUGCCGCCCCCUCUGCUGCCACAGGUCUUCGCUGGCUAGUCCCGCCCCCCUCCGCCUCCCUGAGUCAAGCACAGCCAAGCCAGGGCCUUCUCUGUACAACUCCCAGUCUUACCAAACGCUGUGAAGCCCCAGUCACUGUGACACUCCAGAAUAGGUCUGAGCUUGCUUCAUCCUAAAAUAUAGCAGUCAAAAGCCUGUUACAAUUAGAAUCUGCAGAAUAUUUUGGUAUGAAUCAGUAUUUUAUCUGAGUGGGCUAAGUGAAUUAUAACUUUUAAAAAAACUUGAGUAACUUCUGAAUUGUAAAAGUGAUAAUCUCUCGCCCUAGGGAAUGUAGUGUUUGGGGUCUUCCUUCUUGCCGCUGCCUGUAUGAUCCAGGGCCUCUCUCUGAGUGGAGCUUCCCAGGCACAGAGGACUCAUUCAGGGAGGCUCUCUGUCAGCUGCCUCAUCCCUACACUGCAGCUCCGAAUUAAUAUAUGAAUUCCAGCCCAGACACAGAACCGUGCAUAGCGCAAUGCACAUAUCAAGAUGUAUGUUCUGUAUGAUUCAGUAUUGUUUCUGCUCAGAUCAUUAUUUUCAGCGCUUACAAACAAUCCCAGAAAAGAUUGCUUCUGAAGUGUCUGAUUUCCUGGAGCAUAUUAGCGUUGCGCUGUGCACUGAGUCCCGUACUGUAUGCGAAGCAUGAGGCCGGUGCAACACUGAUAUGCUUCCCGCCUCACUUCAGAAAAUCAGACUUGAAACGUAUCUCUGAAGAGCAGUAGGUUGACUUGUCUCUUAAGAUCCAUGUGUUUGCAGGAGAGAUCUGUCCUCUUGUACGGUAGUUCAGUUUCUUCUCUUUUAAGAGUUGUAUAUACAGCAAGGCAGGCAAACACACUAAACACUACAGGCUCCCGGCUCUAGAAUCUGCUACACAAUGUAUUUAGUGUCAUAUAACUAAAGUGUCACAGAUCAGUACCAUCCAUGCAUUUAAAACUCUUAAUGAACUCCUAACUGCAGCACUAAAAAGAUCAUGUAUGGAGACCUGUCUGAAUGACAAGUCAAUGCCUUGUAAUAUCAGUGCCAGCAUAUAUCCGUACCAGCGCACAUUUCUCCUCACCUCUCAAACAUUCACAGGAAUUCAGUCUCUAUAUAGAAAACCUGUCCCGUCUUGACAGCUAUUGAUAGGACUUCAGAUCAGUGUUUGAAAAGGAUGAAGGGUGAACCGAACUCUUGUCAAUCCAGGUUUGUGAUUCAACCAGAACCAGCUGUAAAUAUUUUAAAUCUGCAAUGCUUUCCAGGGCACACAAGCCAAUAGUUGGGUAAACUGUGUACCCCAGAAUGAUCAAAAAGGAUCUGGUUGAAAUAAAAAAUGAAAUAAACUGUUCAUAUACCCUGAUAGUGAGACUGAGAAGCUCCCUGGUCUCUUGAAUUUUCACUCCAGCGGGGCACGGAAUACACUGAGAAAUAGCGUGGCUGUGUUUGCUGAGCGAGAGCGACCCCUGGUGGUACUUCCGUAGAUAGUUCAUUGCAAUACUUUCAAGCACUGAAAGGCAGACAUUCAGAGCAGCUUGUGAGGUUGGUGCUGCUCCUUUAGCUCUGAGGUACUUGAGAUCCACACUAAUCUCACUGCAGUGUGAAGGGUCUCUCUGCUCACAAUGUACAAGUGUAUAUUCAAUCCUUUAUCGGCGUAUUUUUUAAACCAUAACACGGCUGUACUAUUUAUGAUGUAAAUGUUCCAUCGAUAAUUUUUAAACAUCCUUUAACUUUCAGGUGAAACUGUAUGAAACUAAGGGUUUGAAUUGAUCAGUCAGUGCUGUAAUAUGCUCUAAACUGGCUUAUCCCACAGGGUAUAGGCUGAUCAAGCAGACCCAUGUUUCUUCUAGUUAUACCAAUGAUGUAAAUGUAACUUAUACAUUGUCAAGUGGUGUUUUUAUAGUGUUUGAAAUGUGUUUUAUUUAAUUGCAAUAAAAACCCACAACUUCCAAAUGUU